CUACAUUUCCCGCGUCUCUCCGCGUGGUUUGGGUUACAUGCUGCUCUUCACGCAGCCAGAACUCUGGCAGCAGUAAAUGUGGUCCUUGAAAGACUCAUUGCACAGGCACAUUUGCAUGGCCUUCAAGAUUGAGAAGUGCUGCCUAACCUUGUUCUAACCUUACGUCCAGUUGAGGAGGAAGGAGGUGAAAAGAUGAUAAUGCAGCGCAUACUUACUCCCGGGAUGCUACGGCGGGCAGCAGCAGUGCGGAUGCUGAUGGCGGGUGCCGCCACACCGGAGUGUGCGAUCUUAAUUCGCUGCUGCACACUCCACCCGUCACCGCUGCAACCUGUCGGCACGCGAUGGCUGUCAGCCUCAGCCAGCAGCCGAGCAGAGCAUCCACCAAAGCACCAACCACCUCAAAAGGAGCCCGAUUCCAGCUCCGCGUCUUCGUCGCAAAAUGCCCAGACAAAGGAACCUGAGCCAGAAAUGGCAGAGAUAGACCCACUUCAGGAUAAGUCCAUCGGUCUGUAUCAGAGGUUUAAAAAGACCCUCAAACAGUACGGGAAGGUGUUGAUUCCAGUACACCUGGCAACAUCCUCCGUGUGGUUUGGAACCUUCUACUAUGCUGCUAUGAAAGGAGUAAAUGUAGUUGCAUUUUUGGAGAUAGUUGGUCUACCAGAGUCACUAGUUGGCCUUUUGAGAGACUCCUCAAGCGGGUAUGCUCUGACUGCCUACGCCAUGUAUAAGAUUGCAACCCCCGCUAGAUACGCUGUGACUCUGGGCGGCACGUCAGCAUCUGUCCAGUACCUCCGCAAGCACGGCUAUUUGUCCACGCCUCCGCCCGUUAAAGAAUACCUGCAGGAUAAAAUGGAGGAAACCAAGGAGAGGUUUUCAGAAAAAAUGGAAGAAACAAAAGAACGCUUUUCAGAGAAAAUGGAAGAGACAAAGGACAAACUCUCUGAGAAACUACAGGAAACCAAAGACAGAGUCACUGAGGGGAAAGCAUUUUUUAGAAAGAAAGGUGAUUAGCGACUCACACAUACGGGCAAGUAAACGGUCCUGAUUUGAUCUCGUAGUCAGUGAGUUGGGGAGGAGGGACACCUAUUUCAGAGACUAAUGGAAGAAGAAGUGGAGCAUUGCACUAUCCCUGUCCUGACAUAUCUGUCUGUCUGUUGGCAACCUUUGUCUAUUCAAGUGUCAAACAUUGUCCUUUACUGUCACAAACCUGCCACAGUGCACUGUAAGUGUAGAGCUGAUGGGAGUUACGCAGUCUGCUGGCAGGGCUACACUCAGGCUCUGUCCUCCAUGGCUGGAUUUGCACAGGCUCAAACCAUCUGGCAUUCGACGCUUUUAGACUGUAAGUCAGUUAUUCAACAGAAGCAGUUCACCUGUUUCUCCUUUUGCAUACAUGAGAUUGGAUUAGUAAUGAUGUUCAUUAAAACGCCUGAUAAAGACAACACGGGUGAGGCCGGUGAUAAUCCCUCUGACUGGUAGGAGAAUAGAACUUGAAGCGCAUCGUCAUCGUGUGGUCUAGCAAGCCUUUGUGAAGGCUGAAAGUAUCACCUUGUGUCUUCUAAAAUGUAAUUUGAAAGAAACUGAUAGCUAAAACUAAUAUAUCGCGUUAUUGGUGGUUUCUCUACCACAUCAUGUUUUGACUGAACAUUGUGCAUGAAAGUACUUAAUCAGAUGAUUGUUUAAAAGAUACAUUAAUGCAGAUAUGGUCAGGACAUGUCUGUUGACAUGGAAGGAAAAGGUUUUACACUGGUAAAAAAAAUGAUAGCUUGUGCUUAAAAAUAUUCCGGAAAUAAAUGCAAAUCAAACAAGUUUUUAAAAACAGUAUUUAGUCAUGUCCAGAGAGCAAAAAACCAAAUUAGGUCUCUACAAAAACAUUAAAAAGUGAAUGGUAAAAGUAUGUGGGAAAGUUAUCGAUGGGAAUUUAAAAUUGGCAUAUGUGUUUACUGCUUAGUGAUUAUAGUUCUCCUUUAAAAAAAAAAAAAAGGAAGAAACGUGAAGUACCACACAAUAAAGUGGAUGAUUCGGGACAAUGUUUUCAGUUUGUGCUAAAUGUUGCAAACUGAAGGAAACGGGCCGAUAUUUUCACAGACUAUUUAAGUCUGAGAGGUAAUCUAAGUGUAGAGAAACCAAAUCAAUCUAUUUGAGAAUGAUGUGUAUAAGUUUGUGGAAAAAAAUAAAUGCAAUUACAAUUAGGACUCCUAUAGAAAAACAAGGUAGAGGUUCUAACAGUUUUUGUACAGCAGGAAAGCAACAAGGAGAAUUAAUUU